GAAUUGUCAUGGUCUGUGGUAUAAAAAAACAGAAGAAGAAACAUAUUUUUUAUUUAGUUUGAAUGUUCUAAAUUGUUAAAAAUGACUUUAAAUGAAAAUCUGUUAUCAACAGAAGAAGUAGAAAGAGCUUUAACAGAAAUUGAAAAUAAAUAUUCUCCAAUUAAAUCUAAUGGAGCAAACUAUCAUGAAGACAAUUUAACAGUUUUAGUUAAGGAAUUUGACUCCAUUGGUCUUCCUUCUGUAGAUUUAUCACAAUCAUUAACUAAGAUUUUUAAUGAAGUUGUAAGUAAUGCUAGAUCACUUGUGCAAAUUCAUCGGAAAACCCUUGCUCAAAUGAAAAAUGUAAAUAUUAACAGUAAAUAUAAGGAAUCAAAGAGUACUGAAUUAUAUAAAGCCAUCGAUGAUUACAAGUUAAAACUGACUAAACAUAAAGAUGUAAAUUCUAGUUUACAAAAUAAAAUCAUUAAAUUGACAAAUGAUCACACAGAGGUCAUUAAAAGAGAGAUUGCAUUAAAAGAAGAAUUGGAAAAAACCAAGAGAUAUUACAAAUCUAAACAAAAUGAGCUUCAUCAUCAAAUAAAGAAAUUAAUUAAAGAGAAUGGCCAUUUAAAGGAAAUGUUGGGAAAAGAUAUGAAUAUACCCAACUCAAAAGAUGAAGUUGUUUUAAAAUUAUUGAGGCAAUACAAGGAUAAUGAAGAAAUAUACAAAGCUACAAUUCACAAGCUUCAAGAAAAUAACAGAGAACUGUUAAGUGAAAUCGUAAACUUGAAGGAAGAAAAUACAGUGACAUUAGGAGAUGACAAUAAACAAAACUGUUUUUAAAACUUAUCUUUUUAAAGCUAAUUUUAGUACUACCAUUUCUACUUACCGUUUUUAACUAUUACGUUUUAGUUAUUUAUUCCCUUUGUGUCUGUUUAUAAAAUCCAAUAAAGUUUACCUCAUUUUAUACAGUAAGUAAAUUAUAUAGAAUCCGUACAGGUAAUCCAAAGGUGAAAAUUCUCAAAAAUAUACUCCA